CUAGAACGAGCCAAGGGACCCGGUAAGAGCAAGUGUAAUAGCAAAACCAACGAACCAGUCCAAACGGGCGGAGGCAUUGCCCGCCCAGGCACAUUUAUUUUGAACCGGGCGGGUUUAAUGGCAUCCAAGAAUGCCGGGGAGCUGGAACCUGGACCUGAGUCGAUGGAGGUUAUCGAUAUUGAGCCGAGCGGCGACAAUCCCGAAGAUGGAAAUACGGAGGAGGCGGCAAUCCUGGUAUCGUCCCAGGACUCUCCCAACCCAAACACUGCCCAUACUGCCCGCAAGACUGGACCCGCUAACAAUCAGACUACGAUCCCGAGCUGGUUUAUCUUUACUGGUUCUUCCCUCGGAAGCGCCCUGAAUACCGCAUCGAGUGCUAGCAACAAAAAAGACGCCAGAUCUCCGGCCACCGGCGAAAAGGUUGGCCAGACCAAACCUAAUGGCAAGAAGGGAAAUGCCACAAGCACUACUGCCGAAGGUAAGAAGAGGGUCCGUACAACAUCGGAAUCCAGUCCACGAGGCUUUCGUUUUAGGCGCAGGAUUGGCUCUUACGACUCUGCCACGGCAGAUCCUCCUGAGGAAUCCACUGGUUCCCCACAAGGGAAGGCUACCGCCACUGUCGACGUCGCCGGGGUAGAUGGCAGAAAAAAGGGCAAAGCACGCGCCCAGACGAGGGAAAGCGACGCGGAAGACAGGGACUUGUCGGAAUACAUUGACGAGUCAGAAUCCAUGUGGGAAAGCGAUGCAUCCGUAGAUUAG